AUGAGCAUUACAAGUGACGAGGUGAACUUCCUGGUGUACAGGUAUCUUCAAGAGUCAGGAACUACCGACCACACUGAAACUGGCCAUGCUACCUCACAAAGAAGUGUAUUGUGCAGUGUGACCUAUGCUGCUGCCAUAUUUCACCCAGGAAGUGCACAAAAAUUCAAGUCUGGGAACUUUUUGGUAGCACCUUGGUUUUACCAUGCAGCUUAUGUAUUUGGGAUAGAGUCCCACAUAUCACAGUCAAACAUCAAUGGUGCGUUGGUCCCUCCUGCGGCACUUCUGAGUAUCAUACAGAAAGGCCUUCAAUACACAGAAGCAGAAAUAAGUAUAGGAGAGGACGGAUCGGAGAGAUUAAUUGACAGUCUGUCACUGAUAGAUGCUGUAAUGCCUGAUGUUGUAGCAUCUAGACAACAGCAGAACCAACAGCCCAAAGCAGUAGUCAAGACAGAAAUUCCGAGUACGAAUGGUGAUGAAGGAACAACGGGUGAAACUAUGGAUGUGGAUAUUAGCGUGGAAAUUCCAUUGAACAAAGCAACAAUCUUAAGAGGUCAUGAGUCUGAGGUAUUUAUAUGUGCUUGGAACCCCACUACAGAUCUUCUGGCUUCAGGGUCAGGAGACAGUACUGCACGUAUCUGGAACAUGAAUGACAACACCACAUCGCCAAAUCAGCUGGUUCUCAGGCAUUGUAUCCAGAAAGGUGGUACAGAAGUGCCCAGCAACAAAGAUGUAACUUCUCUAGAUUGGAAUUGUGAUGGAACACUCCUGGCAACUGGAUCCUAUGAUGGUUAUGCAAGAAUUUGGAUGACUGAUGGGCGGUUAGCAUCCACACUUGGCCAACACAAGGGACCCAUUUUUGCAUUGAAGUGGAAUAAAAAGGGAAAUUACAUUUUGAGUGCAGGAGUGGACAAAACUACAAUCAUAUGGGAUGCAUCCUCAGGGCACUGCACUCAACAGUUUGCCUUCCACUCAGCCCCUGCCUUAGAUGUAGACUGGCAGACAAAUACAUCUUUUGCUAGUUGUUUUAACUACCAUGUAUCACUGGGCUCGGCCCGAUAACCCAUAAAGUCCUUCCAGGGACACACCAAUGAAGUCAAUGCUAUCAAAUGGGAUCCACAGGGUAAUCUUCUUGCAUCAUGUUCUGAUGAUAUGACUCUUAAGGUUCUCAUUGUUUUUCGGAAGGUUUCACCCAAGCAUAUUCAUGAAGUGUUCUUACAGGUCUCAUGA